GAGAACGUCCUUUAACAGUUGCUACGUGCCGGAGGGGUGCGUUGUUCACGACCGAGAAUGCCGCACGCCGAUUGGUGGUUUCGAAUCGCGCUCACCGCGCGUUACCGUCGCGAUUGCGAUCUCGCCGCGCGCGACAGACUCCUUUUGUCGCGCGUCCCGCGGUUUCUCGCGACGCCUUGAGGCCCCCCGCGAAUCUCGAAUCGGCGAGGUCGAGGCGGCAUCGUCGCGGCAGCGUCCAUCGAUCCGGCUCAGUCGUCGAUCGUCCACGCGUCACCCCGCACCGUUCGAACGCGACCAAUCGUGCGUCGCUUGCGCGUUACUCGACCGGCGAUUGGUUAGGUGAGGCUUGUGUCGCGUUGAGGGGCUAUCCGUGACGCUGUUUACCACACCGACCACACGGGCCAUCGAUGCACGCUCACGCUGGGACCACCCGUUUUCUUUUGAACGCUCAAACGUGUCGCACGAGCCGACCCGGCCGGUUGUGGUCUGUGGAAAUUUUGUGUCGCCCGGAGCAUCGAAAAAUAAUCGGAUCCGAGCCCGUGGCCGGAAAUAACAAGGAGGAAUCGCAAGUUCGAUCCCGGCGACGCGCAAAGGGACCGAUUGUUAUCGAGCCUAUACGUGACUAAGUACGAGGAGAAUUUUAUAAGAGGAAGGGCAUCUCGCUCGGUUUCCCGAAUCCAUUCCGAUCGUGGAGACGAGCGUGGAAGCGAGAAAUUGGGAUAAAUCUCGUAACGUGAUCGUCGCGCGCGCGUGAAAAUAAAUUUCAACAAAUAGUGUAAAUUGGUUGAUAAUUAGUGAAAGUAGACUUUCAAGUAGAAGAAAAUAACAAGUGGCAUCUGUAUAAGGAAUAAGUACUAUAAAGUAGACGCCCAACAUUGUUAAUUGCAAUUUUCAACCAUUAAAUCAUAAAGAUGUCCAAGCAAGAGAAAAACAGAGGUUAUGAUUCCUCAGAACCAUCGACCAGUAGUGGAUAUCGCAGGAAACCGUACGACAGAACUUCAGAAUCAGAUCGUUCAUCAGUGAGAGGAAUAGUCAAGCAACAGAGUAUCAAACGGGAAGCUUCUCCCUCUGCGUUCUCGGAGUCAAUGGAAACUGCGAGUGAUGUCAAGAGCGAAAUUAAAAGUGAAGUUAAAAGCGAAAGUGAUGAUGCAUCGCAAAGAGGGUCACGUGGCCGACGUAAGAUGGAAGCUAUUUUUGUUAGCAGACCAAGUACCUUGGUGACUAAAAAAGGUACUUCUGGGACACCAAAAAUGCUGCUAACAAAUCACUUCAGAUUGCCCACAGUACCCAAUUGGUGUCUUUAUAAAUAUCGAGUCGAUUUCGAACCCGACGAAGAGCGUACACAUAUUCGCAAAGGCAUGCUUAGACUUCAUAAAGAGAAAGUUGGUCCAUAUAUUUUUGAUGGUACCCUCUUGUAUACAAGUACCCGUUUACCAGAUAAAAUGGAACUGAUGUCAACGAGACAAUCCGAUAAUGCACCUAUCAAGAUUAUUAUAUGUUUAGUUGGAAAUAUGACGCCGGAUGAUCCGUACUAUAAUGUCAUUUUUAACAUAAUAAUGAGAAAGUGCUUGGAAUAUUUGAAAUUGCAAUUGGUGGGCCGUGACUAUUAUGACGCUAGAAAUAAAGUUUGUGUAAAUCAACACAAAUUGGAAUUGUGGCCUGGAUAUAUUACAUCCAUUAGACAAUAUGAACACGACAUUCUACUGUGCGCCGAAAUAUCACAUAAAGUGAUGCGUCAAGAUUCUCUGUUGCACAUGUUAAUGGAUAUCAAGAAUCGCAGUAGUAAGGACUAUAGAACAGAGUUCGGUCACGCUGUAGUUGGAAUGAUGGUACUUACGGAUUAUAAUAAUCUUACAUAUCGUAUUAACGAUGUGGAUUUUAAUGCGAGUCCUUCCUCGAAAUUUUCUAUGAAAACUGGUGUAGAAGUGUCUUAUCAAGAUUACUACUGGAACAAAUACCAGAUUAAAAUACACAACGUCACCCAACCAAUGUUAGUAACGAGAAAUAAGCCAAAACAACGAAACGCAGGUCCAGGAGACUAUGUUUAUCUAGUUCCUGAAUUAUGUCGCCCUACAGGUUUAACUGAUACUAUGAGAGAGAAUUUUCAUCUUAUGAAAGCAUUAGCUGUGCAUACUUGUAUCUCACCUGAAUCUCGUAUUGAUAAACUGAUGAGAUUUAAUAGCAGACUUCGUCAAGAGCCUAAAGUUAUGCAAGAAUUUAAGGAUUGGGAUAUGACGUUAGAUAGAAAUUUACUUGAAGUUCCUGCUCGUGUAUUGCCUUCUCAGAAACUUGUAUUUGCUAGAGAUAUGAUUAAGUGUGAGAAAGGAGAAUGGUCAAGGAGCAUGCAAAGACAACAAUUAUUACAGUGUAAGGAAUUGAAAAACUGGGUAAUAAUUGUACAUAGAGGAUGUAAUAUAGAGCCUUUUAUAGGUAAAUUAAUGCAAGUGUCUUCUGGAAUAUCUUUUAUGCUUCGAAGUCCGCAUAUAAAAUUGAUAGGCGAUGAUAGGGCAAGCACAUAUGCUGAAGUACUUGAGGGAAUUCUUAGCCAAAGUACUCCAGAUUUAGUGUUCUGCGUGGUGAGCAACAAUCGCAGUGAUCGUUAUGCAGCUAUUAAAAAGAAAUGUUGUGUGGAUAGACCUGUACCAUCACAGGUAUUUCUACAAAAGAAUAUAGAUGGGAGAAAUGUAAUGAGUAUUGCUACAAAAGUGGCAAUACAAAUGAACUGUAAGUUGGGCGGAGCUCCUUGGUCUAUUGACAAUCCUUUAAAAGGAUUAAUGACUAUUGGUUUUGAUGUAUGUCAUGACUCAAACACUAAGGGCAGAGAUUAUCUGGCUAUGGUGGCAACUGUGGAUCAAAAGCUGACAAAAUAUUUCAGUUCUGUUACUUUAUAUAACAGCAGUGAAGAUCUUGCGGACCAACUCUGCGUAAGUGUGCGCAAGGCUGUGAUGGCUUAUCGCUCUUAUAACAGAGCUUUACCCAUGUAUAUUGUAAUUUAUCGUGACGGUGUCAGCGAAGGUCAGAUUCAAAAUGUUUACGAAAUUGAAGUUCAAAGUUUGACAAAGAAGCUUGAAGAAUUAUAUUACGGUCCAAAUUUUAAAAUGAUGUUCAUCAUCGUGACUAAAAAGAUUAAUAUUCGAUUGUUCGAUUACAAACGUAAUCCUCAAAUUGGUACUAUUGUUGACGAUGUUAUAACAAAUCCGCUUAAGUAUGACUUCUUUCUUGUAUCGCAACAAGUUAGACAAGGCACAGUUGCGCCUACAUCGUACAAUGUUAUAUAUGACAAUACGGGUUUAGACGCAGAAACGGUACAAACUCUGACUUAUAAGUUAACUCAUGUAUAUUACAAUUGCUCAAGUACUGUUCGAGUCCCAGCACCUUGUCAUUACGCACAGAAGUUAUCGAUGUUGGUGGGGCGAUUUCUUCAUCGACCUUCAAGUUCGCAGCUGGAAAAUCAGCUGUUUUUCUUAUAAUAAAAACGAUACUAAUAACGUUUAUUUCAAUAAGUUUUUUUUUUUUUUUUCAGUAUAUGUUAUAGAUUAAUUGAGUAUAUGCUUAGAUUAAUUGAGAAAAUAAAUGUGUUCACGAUUUUUUUUUUUUGGUGGGAAACCACGUCAAGUGAUUUCCCACUUGAUGUACCAAAUACUAUUCCAAAUAAGUAUUUCUAAAAGUUAAUCCCAAAUAAAAUAAACUAAGCACAUGGUACAAAUUGCAAUAUUUUUUUUUUUUUACAUUUAACAUUUUACGAUUUAGAAUAAGAUGACUGUUUAAAUGUUAAAUAUGAUUAUAUCAAAUGGUGUUUAUGAAUAGCUGGAGAUGCAUAAUUUAGCAGUGUUAUAAUAGUUUCAAAUAUUGUAAUGAUACAAUGUACAAUUUCAAGAAUCUAUCGUACUCAAAUGUUAUUAAUAACAUUUUAUUUAUUGCAUAUAUGUAUAGCUGUGGAAUAUUUUUUGAAGAUACUUUUAUAACAUGGUACAUAUAUGUAUAUGGUACUUCUAACAGGGUAAUCAAACAAUUGUUAUUUUAUUAACACUAAUUAAUAGUUCAAAGUAAAGAAGUGCAAAUCAAGUCAUUUGAUCUCAUUUAGUUUUAAGCAGAUUGACUAACAAUAUUGACUACGUAAUAACUUCAAAAAUUGCUAAUAUCUUUAAUUAUUCAGCCAUUUGUUAAAAUACUACUAGAAUACAUUUGUUGAAAUACUACUAGAAUACAUUUUUUUAUGUUGUUAUGAAUGAUAUAAUUUCGAUAUAAUAUUUAAUAAGAUCCGUUAAACUUGGUAGAUGUGAUUAUUUUAGCGUGUAGAAGUAUAUUUGAUUUCUACUGUUUAUGAUAUAGUUCAAUGUAAACAUAUACAGAUGUGUUUAUAUGUGAUCAAUGUAAUAAAAGUAUUAUGUCGACCAUACAAGAGUAUCAUUCGAAGAAACAAUGUAACUCAGAUAAAUAUAUGCCUAAGAUAUAAGUA